UCUCUCUCUCUCUCUCCUCUCUCCGGCCCCCUCUCUCUCCCCCUCGUUUCUGUCAGUCGUACCUCCCCACUCACUCCACAGACACCGAGCAUUCAGCUAAGCAGGAGAGAGAAAGGGAGAGUCGGGGUCCCCAAGUACAAUUCUCGCCUGGUUCUUGAUCGAAGGCAUGAUCAAGAAUCGCUAGGAAGUCCUAGAUCUUUGGACGGGCGUCUUCCCUGGACGUCUCGGCUUCUUUUGUUCCGAGCUCUAGCCAUGGAGGGUGGGGGAGGGAGCGGAAUCGGUGGGUUCCCUGGAGCCUCGGGCAACCUUCUCGAUGCAGCAGCUCAGGCGUUCUACCCUGCUGUCGGUGCCCCCUACCCUUUACAGCCGCUCCCGCACCAGAUAUACUACCCCCACCCGUAUCCAGCCAUGCCGGCGCCGGCGCCGGCGGCGAUGGCCGUGCCUGUGCCGGUGCCUCAGAUGGCGAUGGCCCUGGCGCCGCCGCAGCCGGGGUACACCUUGCCGACGUCGACGCCGGUGGUCGACGGCCCAUCAAGCCGCGUCGUGCUGCUGGGCCUGGUGCCGCCGCACGCGCAGGAGGCCGAUGUGGCGCAGGCGAUGGCGCCGUUCGGCGCGAUCCGCUCCGUUGACGCGUCGGCGGUGGCGUCCGAGGGCGUGGCCACCGUCCAUUUCUACGACAUCCGCGCCGCGGAGCUCGCCGUCGCCUGCGUCCGCGAGCAGCACAUGCGGCAGCAGAGCCGCCUGGGCCAGCUCUACGCGGCGGCGGCCACCGUGUCCCCGGCCUGGCCUCCGCCGCCGCCGCCGACGCCGACGCCCCAGGCCUGGGACUGGCCCCACGAAGACUGCCGCGGCCUCGUCCUCGGGCACGCCGUGUGGGCCCACUUCGCCACCGCCGCCAACGACGGCGACAACCGCGGCUCCCUGGUCGUGCUCAGCCCCCUGCCGGGCGUCUCGGUGGCGGACCUCCGCCAGGUCUUCCAGGCCUUCGGGGACUUGAAGGAUGUGAGGGAGUCGGCGCAUCGGCCGAGCCACAAGUUCGUGGACUUCUUCGACACGCGCGACGCCGCGCGCGCGCUCGCCGAGCUCAACGGCCAGGAGCUCUUCGGCCGCCGCCUCGCCAUCGAGUUCACGCGCCCUUCCGGCCCCGGGCCCCGCAGGCGCGGGUACGUGCCCCACCACCGGCCCAGCGCGCCGACUCCGCCGAGGCAUCAAUCGGCGUGGCGAACGUCCCAGCCGUCGGCCACGUCGCCGUCGUCGGGCUCCGUGAGGGCGAGGGAAGGAGUGGUGCUUCUGAGGAGGAGCUCCUCUAAGGCCAGCGCAGGUGAUCAGUCCAAGGGCGGCACGAGCCAUGAGCGCAAGAGCAAGGGUGGCAACAAGCUCGUGCCAUCGGCGCCCUCCUCGUCGACCGCGACGGCGACGGCGACUGGGAAGCAAACCCAGAAAGGUUCCGGGAGCGGCGGCGGCGGCGGUGGCGGGAAUUGGAAAGGACGGAAGAGCGGGUGGGAGGCGCGCUUCUUGUUCAAGGAGCCCGAGCCCGCCGGCGGCGACGCCGACACGCCGCCGGCGCCGGCUCAGGAGAUGGACACGAGGACCACCGUCAUGAUCAGGAACAUACCGAACAAGUACAGCCAGAAGCUGCUCCUCAACAUGCUGGACAACCACUGCAUCCACUCCAACGAGCGGAUCGCGGCGAGCGGCGAGGAAGGCGAGGGCCAGCCCUUCUCCUCCUACGAUUUCGUCUACCUCCCCAUCGAUUUCAACAACAAGUGCAACGUGGGCUACGGCUUCGUCAACAUGACCUCGCCGGAGGCCGCCGUGCGGCUGUACAAGGCGUUCCACAAGCAGCCGUGGGAGGUGUACAACUCACGCAAGAUUUGCCAAGUCACAUACGCGCGCGUACAAGGCCUGGAGGCGCUCAAGGAGCACUUCAAGAACUCCAAGUUCCCGUGCGACAGCGACGAGUACCUGCCCGUGGCGUUCUCGCCGCCGCGCGACGGCAAGCUGCUGACGGAGCCGGUGCCCAUCGUGGGCCGCUCGCCUAGCGCGUCCGGCGCGUCGUCGUCGCCUCCCAAGAGCCGGGCGGCCAGCGUGGACCCGCUGGCGCAGGAGCUGAUGCCGGCACCCUCGUCGUCCGGCGACGGCGACGGCGACGGCGCGUCGUCCACCACGACGUCCACCCACGCGCCGUCGGACGACGACCACGCCGAUGACAGCGAGGCAGACAGGCUCGCCGGUGAGCUGCUGCGCCUGGGCUACACCGACUAGCUCGCCGCAGCUCUAGUCGCUCAGCUAGCUAGCCGGCCUAGCUUAGCGGCGAUCGGCAGGCGCGCGUGCGCUGCGUUGCUUCGAGAAGCGGAGGCAAUGAUGGCGGCCAAGGCCUCCGCUGAUCCGUAGCUCCUGCACGCGCAGCGAGUGAAGUGGAGUGGAGUGGCGAUUCAUUUAUGGCACAUGAAGAACACAUAGAGGAGGGGAGGGGUUGGAAAGAGAAGGGAGUGGGUUCGUUGGCUCGUAGAAGUAGAAGCGGCAGCAGGUGGGUGGAGAAGUGGAGUCGUGUUCUUUUGGGUUUUGGUUUGAAGUUUCUGUCGUCGUUGAAACUUGGAGCUAGCUAGCGUCGCCAUGCGUUUUGGUUUGAAGUUUCUGUCAUCAAUUCUUUGUUCGCCAUGCGUUUGUUCAUUACAUUAAUUACUACAGUUUACCAUACUCGAUAUAUAUUCCGAGACAGCCUUUCUGAUCUGAUAUCUCAUGAGCUGCUAUAGAUUCCAUCGGAUCUCUUCGAUUUGAUGAUUCGCACCAGCCUCCAGGAGGAGAUGAGAUCUUCGCCCUCCCCUAUACUCCUAUGAUAUCUUUGGCUCUUGGGCUCUUGGCGGCUUCUUGUCCUCUUCCGUGCCUCCCAGUAUGCUAGUAGUU